AUGCCUCCCAACUAUCCCGGCUUCACCGUGGAGCAGGCCAUCGAGGCCGCCGGGCCUCCCCCGCCCCCUUCCGCUUACGGCUUCCAGUACUUCUACCAGGGCGAGCCCCCGGUCAGCUUCUACUCCGACAUCGAUAUGGAGAAGGCCCACGCCAUGUUCUCGACCAACCACGGCGCCGCGCCGUUCCGCCACGUCGAGGACCCCGUCUACGAGCGCGAGGGCUACUACUGGUGCGCCGCCGAGAUCCAGACCUUCUGCGACCAGAUCCGGAAGGUCCACUACGGCCCUUGCAAGUACAUCGCCCCGCUCCCCGACUAUAGCUACCUCUACAUCUACUUCGACGCCUUCGACAUCUACCGCUACGGCGCGCAGAACCUGUGGCGCGUCAUCCACCACCUCCACUUCGAGAACCAGUACUACAACCCCGACCACCUCGAGACCGCUCGGCAGUUGAUCGAGCCCUACAUCGACAGCGUCCUCACCGCAGACGCCGCCCGCAAGAAGCUCCUGGCCUGGAAGCCUGCCGUCGACAGCGACAUCCUGAGCGUCUUCGACGAGGGCGAGCUGUCUGAGCUCGACGGGCUCGAGCAGUUCUACCUUGGCACUGUCCGAGGCAUUCUUAUUACCAGAUACUCAGAUCUCUGCAGAGGAGGGCCCGUCAAGCCCGACCGUAGAAUCCAUACUCAGCCAUUCCGGCUAGCUAGCUGGGCUGAGAACACGGAACCUCUUAAAAACUCGGCCACCGAGACUGGAAGCCAGACGAGCUCCAACAAGACCAACAAGACCGAUGGCACUGCCAGGAAGGGUAGAGUUGUUAACGGUAUCGUUAUCGUAGAUGGCUCCUCUGCCUCCUGUACCUCUUCGGAGGUCUCAACUUCAACCCAGGGCUCAACUCCCAAGGAGGUACUCAAUAGACCAGCCAUUGUCCGUUCUGAGAUGGCGGCAAAUGGCACGCGAUACCCAAGUGCGCCAGUCCUCAGUACCAGCCAUGCGGACCACAGUCCCGAGAUGACUGGAAAUCCUCAUAACGCCUGCGAGCAGCAGGUGUGUUGCUCUCAGCCUCAAGCGUCCGGCCCUGUCCCGGCCGACGCCGCCGUGCCAAACUUUGCUCCUCCUCCUAUGGCUCCGGGUGCUCCUGGUGCUCCGGGAACCGUCGGUUCGUACAUGGGACACCACGGCCCGCCGCAGCCGGCGGCUCGCGGCUGUCCGCCUCCCCAGGCGUACCCACAGCCUAUGAUGCCGGCACCUCCUGCCGCCGGUCCGCUGCCCGUGUACAAUAACGGCAUGCAUGCGCAUAUGUCCCGGCACCCUCGGAUCCAGCCCCAGCCUCAGAACUGGGGCCCGGCGCACUACCAGACACCGCCGUUUUUCGAACCCUCGCAGUUCGGCACGGCGACGCUAGCUUCUAGCGACGGGUCGCCCGCCAGCGCGAACUCGUCUUCCCCUGGCCGACGAGCCUCGAUGGCGGACCACUCCCGGAACGCUCAUCACCCCAUGUCCCACGGCCCUCACAAGCCCAGUAACGGAUCGUGGGAGCUGGCUGGCUCGGACCCGGUCCACGGCCCCACCUUCAGGUCUCGCAAGAACUCUCCGGAGCAGCCCCUUAACGAGCACUGCCAGCAGCAGAACGGGCACGCUCAACCGCCGCUUGACUGUCCUGGAGGCCAGCCUGCCAACAAUUGGCCGUAUAGGCUGCCUAACGGACGCGCAAACCGCCGCCGGUCGUCGUCCAGCGGUGACAGCAACAACGGCUGGCAGGUGAACUACGCCCGUCCGCGUCAGUAUAGCAACGUCAGCCGAAGAUAUAGCAACGAUAUCAAUGGCUGGCACCACGAGCCGACGACGGCAUACUCUGCGGCUGCAAGCACUCCACCAGGACCGGGCGGACCGGGCGGCCCUAUCCACUACCCCAAUCACGGCAGCGGCAGGCCCGGGGCCUACCACCCCCCGCCGUUCUUCUGUGUCAACGAGGCCCGGCUCCGGAGCGCCGACCCAAAGAGAUGCACGUUCGACGACUGCCCGUGUCACCGGUGCCGCGAGUUCAACCGCACCAUCUUCAUCAACGGCUUCAAGGACUGGGUCGAUACGAGCCCCGCCGCCAUGCACAACAUCCAGGCCAUCUUCAGCCGCUUCGGUCCGGUCGAGAACGUGUCUCAUGUGCACGGGAACGCCGCGGUCCACGUAAAAUUUGUCCACGAAGGGUCCGCGGCCGAGGCAAUCCGGAUCAUGGACGGCAGGAUCGAGCCGUCGAUUUCCCCUAGACCUCUACGCAUUAAGUGGCGCGUCGGGUCUAAAUACUUCCAGCCCCGUACAUCACCUCAAAUCACGUACUCUCCUACCGCGGUAGAUCGAGGUUCCAUCGCUGGGGGGCAGCCGGGCCCGUAUGUGCCUGGACAGCCUCGCCAGCCUUUGUUCGGCAGCCCUGUCCCGACCACGAUCCCCGAGGAGCCGUCAGGAAGCCAGGAUCCUUCCACAACUAAGUAUUACAACUCUAAGAAGAACGGAAGACCGACACCGAAAAAGAUCGAUCAUUUGCGCAGUGUAUCCGACGGCGAUAAGGCCUUGGACCGGUACUCAGCGCAGAACCUGCCUAUCUCUCCCCUUCGCCGGAAGAACAGUCCUCAUAUCGGGCAAAGUCUAAGUCAGGGGGGAUCUCCCAACUACGGCACCCCGCAGACAGGCGAGGUCAUCCGUAAAAUUGAGGAUUUGAAGCUGAGCAUGGGCGGCAAACCAGAAGACGGCGAGUGUGCGCCUGCCGAGAACUCAGGGGCCGUUCAGCCAGACAUCGAUCACAACAACGCUGCGGCCGAGAAACCCGUCGGGGGACUCGACAUGCUGCCGCCGCCGAGCUGGGACGGCCAGCCGUCCAACGCGCAGCUCCACGCCAAGGACUUCGCGUACACAGAGGAUGGCAAGGCUGUCGAUAGUGGAGCGCCCCGUAAACAGUCAUUCGCCAGCAUCGUGGACGACGCGCUGAAAGCGAGGUCGAAGCGAAGGGAGGAAUUGAAGAACGCCAAGCAGAAUGAUGAAGGGAAAACCACGAAUGAUAUUAAUGGUGGCAGCGACGAGCCUCCAAUUGAAAUCCUGCCAGCGACAACAUAUCAACCAGAGAAACCCGAGCCCACGGCCAACCAUCAAGCAGAGGCGGACCGACAACAGACGAAACAAAACGGAGACAUCUCAAAGAAUUCAUCGGCUCGAUCCCCUGUUAACGGUUUCUCCCACCCCGAUCCGCAGCCAAAUGUUCCCUCGGCCAAUUCUUCCCCUUACCAGGAGAAUACCGACGCCACUGGACGUGACAGCUCGCCGGAGGGCUACCCGUACGGCAGCGGACGAGAGAAACAGCCCGGGCGGGUGAGGAAGAACCAGUGGACGGGUCCGUCCCGGCCGCCAUACGCGGGCGGCCCGGACCAGCUCAGGGUUAAGCGGCAGCGCAUCGACGAGAUCCGCAACACGGGGCCGUUCACGCCGGCGCCACCGCCCAUGGAGCCGGUUUACAUCCGAACUCAGGAAGUGCAGCCGCAACACAAUACUGAUCUGCAGCGACGGUACCUCUCGGGUCCGAACCCGGGCUUCGGCCCGACGAUGGGUGUUAAUGAUUCGCGGUCCAGUUACUUCAACGCGCCUAGGCCUCCUACGGCCUACGGGCCACCCUUCCAGACGGCGCCUGGAGGACUUUCCAAUGGUUACAACGGCCAUGACGAAUACAACGCUCGAGGAGGCGGGCGCCCCCCAUCGUUACAGGGAUACCAAGGUCAGGUUCCAGUGCCCAACUCGACUAUGAACCACACGUCCACGGUUCCCGCCAACAAUGCGGGCGGCGCCAGAGGCAAGGGAAGGGGCGGGAUCUACACGAAGCUGGACCCGCGGGCUAAGGAAUUCAAGUUCGCGCCCGUAAGCCUAGAUUAUGCACCCCCCUCAUCUGGGAACCACCUCCAGCCGAUGGAGUCGGGCCAGCAUCAGCCUCAGGAAGGGGGGAGACGCUGGUCGCAGCGAGGCCAGCAGCAGAGCAACGGCCGCGGUAACCGCCGUGGCAAGAAGCAGUACAGCCCACCCAGGGGCGACCAUAAUAGCGUAUUGCCAGCCGAUGACGUGGGCGCAGCUCACGACGAUACGAAUAGUAUCCAGUCCCAUUUGAGCAUCCCUCGCGUACUCUCUCGGGGCGACCCCGCUACUAAGGACGAAAACUUGAGCAAUGACGGAAAUAGGGGUGGAAGUCCCAGUAACGAUGAAAUCAAGAAUGGUGAUGGCGGCGGCAACGGCGGUGGCCGUAAAAAGAAGAACAAGAACCGUAAAAAUAACGGCGGUGACUCCUCCGAAGACAGCCGUCCAUCGGAGCCAUUCUCGACUAUCUCCGCUGACCCUCAGCUGCCACCCGACACCAGCAGCGAUGAGACCACACAGACAAACCCUGCCUCUCCGGUAAAGCUCGAUGAAAAGCACGACCGGCAGCAGCAGCCGGAGGAGGAAAGUUCGAGCAAUACAGCCCCUCCCGCCGCUCAGGUACCUCUCAAACCAGGCAAGGGGGAGGGAGGCGAGCCUCAGCAAGAGGAGAAGCAGGAAAAAAAGGAUGAGAAGCAGGGCGAGAAGCAAGAGCCUAAGAAGAAGCAGAGGCAACACAAGCCAAAGAAGCACAACCUUCCGCGGGUGCAGCCGGCCGUGCCGACGCUGCCGCUCCGCACAGGCCCGUCCAAGAAGCGAGCCAUGACUGCCCCUACGCCCAAGCCGGCACCCGAGCCGGAGCCUGAGUCGGCAUCUGUGCCCGGCCCGGAGCCGGUGGAUUGCAAAUCUACGAAGACGGCAACGAGCGUGUGGACCCAAGGCCCCUCGCGCUCGGUCCUGCAGCCGCCGACGGCGGGCGAGGCGCUGUCGAUGAGAACCGUGCCGCAGCCGCAGAAGACAAGUAGUUGGGGUGGAGGUUGGGGCGAAAGUGACGAUAGCAGUAGAGAUGGUGGUAGCGGUAGCGGUAAUAACGGGGGUGGUAGCAAUGCAGGAAGCACUGCUCGCCAGUCGUCGGUGCCUCCUGAUGGCGAGAGAAAGGGCGGAUAG